AUGAGUGAAGCCAAAGAGGUACAAGCUGUUGAAUCAGUUGAAGUUCCAAAAACUGAAGAAGUAACCAGCGUUGAAGAACCAGUUGUUGAAUCAAAAACUGAAGUUACUGAAGAAGAUAAAAAAGAAGAACAAUCCGAAGCUAAACCUGAAGAUGCAAAGGCAGAUGAUGCCAAACUUGAAGAACCAAAAUCUGAAGAAACUAAAACUGAAGAAGCUGCUUCUGAAUUUGAACCAGAAGAAGUUUUAAAACAAGUUGAAUUCUACUUUAGUGAUUCAAACUUACCAAAAGAUAAAUUUUUAUGGAGAACUGUUCAAUCAAAUCAAGAAGGAUGGGUCUCAAUUAGUACAAUUGCCUCUUUCAACAGAAUGAAAAAGUUCAGACCACUUUCUGCUGUCGUUGAUGCUUUGAAAAAAUCAGAAUUUUUAGUUGUUUCCGAAAAUGGUGAAAUGAUCAAACGUAAAAAUCCAAUCUUACCACCAAGUGAUUCAGACAAACAAUCAAGAUUCCAAAGAAGUAUUUAUGCUAAAGGUUUCGGUGAAGAAACUCCAACCACUCAAGAAGAUCUCGAAGCUUUUUUCCAACCAUUCGGUAAAAUCAAUGAAGUUAGAUUAAGAAGAGAUGACAAUAAAAAAUUCAAAGAAUCUGUUUUCGUUGAAUUUGCUGAUUCAGAAGAUGCUAAAAAAUUUCUUGAGCUAUCAGAAAAACCAAAAUACAAAGAUAAUGAAUUAUUGAUCAUGAGCAAACCUGCAUAUGUUGAAAUGAAAGCUAACAAUGAAAACUUUGGAGGUAACAAAAACAACAAAAAGAGAAAAUUCAAUGGUUUCAAAAAUGGUAAAAGAGGUGGUAACUUCAAACGUUCAAGAAACUGA